AUGAGUGCACCACCUCCUUUGUUCUUUUGCUCCCGCCCAGAUGGGACCCUGACUCCCUUGAUGCCACUUGACGAGAUGCCACUCGGUAUGGUAUUCCGUGGUGUCUCACGCGUCAUCAGCCCAAGCGAGACUCAGGGCAUGACCAGCUGUGGUGUUGCUCCCAAGCGUGCAGAAUGCUGGGCCAUCGAAAGUCUCGGCCAGGACCAGCCGGUCAAGGACCCAGAGAUCAACCAGAAGAUUCGCAAGAUGCUCGUCGAUGUCCUCAAACUCGAAAACAUUCCUGCAACUCUUCGCCAGGAUGUCUCAGCCCUGAUCACCAAGGGCAUUGAGACCCUGGAUGUCACUACUCCCGCUGCGAAGUCGAUGGCUGUAGUCCCGGCUCCUCUCAUCCAAGCAUACCUUAGCACUGGAGUUGUCAACCACCAAAAGCCACAGGGCUCGAAGAAGAAGGAGUUUUGCUCCUACUGGAUCCGUCACGGAGAAUGUGACUACCAGCAGCAGGGCUGCCUGUUUCGACAUGCCAUGCCGACCGAGCCUGAAGCGCUGGAGAAGCUGGGCCUUCGUGACAUCCCACGUUGGUACCGUGAAAAGUACGGCUUGUCGAGUGUUCUUCAGCAAGGAGGGCCCCGACUCCAGCAUCCAUUUAUCACCAUGGAUGCCCUGCCUGCUACCCAGAAGGCGAUCCAGUACGCCGAUAACUCGGAGGGCACGCAGUCGACCCACGCUGCCUUGAACCACCAUGGCCAUCCACACCACACCCAGAGCCCCAGCUAUCAGUACCCCCGCGGGGGCCAGCUGGGCAGGGGCUCAAAGCCCCUCCGUGGUGGCUAUAGUGGCAGUGGCAUGCAGGGAAGAGGUCGUGGCGGUCACCCAAAUGGUCUCUAUUACAAGAACGGCCAAAGUACUUGGAACCCUCAGGCCACUCCCCAUUCUCCCACCCAGCCAGCAAUUGGCAGUUUCCGCGUCGGCAAUGCUCCCACGGCCCCGAGAUCUCGACCCGAGUCCACCUUCGCCCAGGUUGCUGCCCGUGCCGGUGGCCUGGCCACCCCGGAGACUUCUCCCAGCGCGGGCUCCAGCAAGUGUACCAACAACUCCAGCGGUUCCACUGCAAAUAUUUCUCAAUCGGAUCAUGGCGUUGGCAAUCGGUCUCAAAUCCACAAGGUCAUUCAUGAGAGCAUCAUGAACCCCGAGGAACCUGUUGGAUCCCUUGCUCAUGGUAUGGGUCAGCUCGACUGCUUCGGGCUUCCUCCGGUAACCAAGACCGAGGAAGACUUCCGCAGAGGCCACCGCCGCCUCUUUGCCCCGGGCUAUGGUAACGAUGGUGCUGAUUCCUGGUGUGACAUCGUCGACGAUUUCGUCGACGUCUUUGAGGAUCCCGCUUUCGCGGAAAUUGAGGCCAUUAAGCAGCUGGUUUCCCCUGAUGCUGCCAGACCAGAAUCAAGCCUCCUCAGUACUCUCGUUGCUGAGAGCGAGCCGCUCGAGAACAAGCAGGCUCUGGCCAACUGGGGACCCAUCGGGGUCAAGGCUAAGCAACCCGAGUCCAGCAAGACUUCCGCCCCUCCCGCUGCCAACAUGGCAGAGAUCUCCAAGCUGAAGGAGACCCUCGGCGAGACCGAGGAGCACCUGGCCUGA